AAUUAGUCACGUAUGAAGAUUGCUAUAAUUUGUGAAAUGUAUACAACUAGCUUAUGGCAUAUUUCUACUUGUUUUACGUGGAUUGACAACGUGUAAUGUCAGGCCAAUUGAAAUGCAAGGACAAGUGGAGUAGUUAAACGGACCCUUAACUCAUGCACUUACGAUUUCAAUUAGCUCAGCCCGAAGCAAAGCGCACCAAACCGAACGAUAUUGUGUUAUUUCUGGUGUGCUACUAUUAUUAGUUACAGAAUAAAUUAAGGAAUACUCCAAAAAUUGAACAAUAGUUCAUGUGACCAACAAUAAAAAUUAUCAACAAAUAACUGUUUCCAAAUUUUGUCUGCGAUCAUAGGCAGCACAGUAUAGUACGAAAAAUUCCUUGGUAGGGCAGACGACGUAAUAUGAAUAUUGAAUAUGCGUUUAAUCCGCCCUUCUGCGGCAUUCCUCACUCUUGGUUAAGGUACUCUUUAUGAUCAAACGAUGGGUUGUAACCAUGAGGCAUGAUUACAACGUGAUAAGUCUGUCAGGGUAGGUACUGCUAACUGCGGAUAUUAAUGUGCGGAUUAGACAAAUACUCACAAUAAUAUUUCAAGCCUUUAAAAGCAUUGUUAUCUUUACAAUUGCCAUUACAAUAUGUUCUUUCCGUAUGUCAAACUAAUGCUUGUUUUUUUAUAUUUUACAGGGUAACACAUCGCAAGCCAUUCAAUAUUGAUUGUAUACCUGCUGAAACACACUUGUUCUAUUGUGCAUCUACCGGCCUUGGCAGUUCGGACAGAUUUCAGAUUGGACUGGCUCCAGAAACCGACAUAAAUAGCACGUCGACCGCAAAAACAACGCCAUAAUUACGGAACGAUAAAGCGAAGCCAACGCCACCAAUACUGUCCCCAACAAUUCACCUUGCGGGUACCUGCCUAGUUGCGAUUCCGCAAUGGCCAAAGCCGAUUCGAUCCAGAAUGGAAUCAAGACAGAAACCACAGAUGAUGUUGAAAAAUCGCUGGAGCUGCUGGACAAGGUCCUGUCGGAGUUCGAGGAAGAGCAGGAGAUAGCACACGCCCCGGUCGAACCGGACAGCCCCUCCCAGGGUCAUCAGUCUGAGGAUGAUGGAUACAUGAGCAUGAAUGGCCGGAGGGCAAAAUUCGUACCUGAUUUUCAACCGACUGACGAGGCAAAUGUCCCUUUACUCCCACUUCCGGUACCACCGGACGGCAAAUACUCACCGCCAUCGCCUGAGGAAGCAGAACGAAUCAUUUCCAAUUUGCUGCCAAGGAUUUCUCCAACCACUUCUCCCUCCCGCCGGACUAACAGUACCAGCAGCAGUAGCAACAAUCGCAGUCCAGCACACAGCAUCCAGAGUAGCCAUUACCAUCAUCACCAUCAUCAUCACACCAGUGGUCACAGCGAGUGGCGAACACGAAAUCUCAUCCGUCAUUCCGAUUCGAUUAGCAGUUCUACAAGCGAGAAACCUUCCUCCAACGAUGUAACGAUCAUCGCCAAAAGUCCUACACAGACAACACUGCCAAAGACACGACCAUCCAACGUUUUACCCACACGUUACGCAAGUCUUCCAUGCUCCAGCCCGCCGAAACAGGCUGAACCAAGCGAACCCAGCGGAGGAAGUUUGGACGAAGGCCGCAAUAAUCUUGGCGGCAUCGGUAUCAGCGCGGUGCACGAUGCUGUUCUCCGAGGGAUGACCCGGAUGCCUGAACCUAUAGUUAACGAACACCCUGUAACUAUCUAUCCCGGAAGGGCGUCACCACCCAGGCGUCAUCCUGGACGAAAUCUGUCUAACUCCAUCGAGCGACACCGUGAUGUGUGUCGAAAAGGCAAUUACACUUCAGACAAUUCUUCAUCGCAGGAAAAUUCCUCGCCUGAGAAUAAUGGAUCUGAGAACAACUCGCUGUCGCCCACGCAUGGUGUGCAGAUCAACAUCAACUACAAUAACAACCUGGUCAGUAACCGGAUAUUUGCUAGCAGUAUGGAAUAUACGCGACAAGCCAGGCAACGUACCCAUCAGGAUAGCGACGAGGAACGAUUUUCCGAGGAUUCUUUGGAAGAGUCGUCAUUGCCUCCUCCACCAGGGCCUGUAACAGUACCGCCGCCACCAUCGCUAUCCGCACCGGUAACACCCAGCAAACGACACAGUAUAGCCUGGGAAGUGAAUUUAGACGAUCCUGCAAGUUUUGGAGACCCACUGACCAUUCCGAAGGCCACAUCUUCUGGAUGCACCAAGGUUAUAGGUAGGCGAAAAGGAAAGAAUGCUAACGAUUCACAGUCGAGUCUUGAUUCGACACCGAGUAACAAAAAGAGUGAAUCAAGCGAAUGGCCGGAUCCACCUGAUAUUCCGAUAUGCAGCACUGAGGACGAAGCUGCCUCCCUGUAUUCUGACUCUGACGAACUGAUACCUCAAGUUCCCGAUAUCACCGGGAGGGGAACGUACAUUAUUCGGAAGGGUCGCCGACGGCAACGGUUGGAAAGUUUAGAUUCAACCGCAAGCAAUAACCUGCCAAUCCCAGGAAACGACCUUCCACCCAUCACGACCCUACCGAGUCCGGUGUUUCCCGCUUCUAUGAUGAUGCCUAAAUCGAGGCACAGCAUUGAUUUGGGCUUGUCUUCCACGUUCAGUGGCGGUGCGAUAAAACCAUCACACUCCGCUCCUCAGCAACUACCAAACUCAGUUCUCUCGCCCAGGUCACGACUAUCAUUAGAUUUAAGUUCACCUACCUCAGAGCUUUCAACGAACGUUAGAAAAAUCACCACCCCGACCGGAAACAUCCCUGCGCACCUGCAACAACAUCUACAAUCCUCAGAAAUCCACAGCAGCAACAACAACAAUAAUAACAGCCUAAGCAAAAAUAAACCUAACCAAAGCAGCAGCAACAAUAACCUUAGCACGACCUGUGUAAAUAAUAAUAAUAAUAGUAUUACUGUUGGCAGUGGUGGUCUCGUUGGAUCCGUUAUGAUAGGAAACGGAAGUGGCACCCUGAAUCAGCAGACGCCAGUAGUUUCAUCACGCUAUACCGAAUUCAAAACGUACAGCUCGACCUUUGACGGUCUGCAGGCGCUGGAAAGUAGCAACAGUAACAACAACAACAACGGUAACAACAAUAGCAUCAAUCGUGGCGGCGCCAUCGGAAAUGGUUCCACCGUUGUUUCCGGUUCCGACAAUGACAAUUCGCUAAUGCGAGUGUCCUCGCUGCCAGCCACCACUUCUCCGCACCCGAGCACCGCAACAGCCGAUGGUCUUUCCACACCGCGCCGUGAGCUUGCCCCUCCAAUCGAAGAAGACGAAGAAGUUGACAGCGACAACCAACGUGGCGUACCAUUACGCAAAAUAGAAGAUAAUAUUAGUGCUUUAUUACGUGGUGAUAUAUCUGUUGCUAGAGUAGCCGACAUACCUCCCGCAAGACGUCCAUUAGGCUUUCGUCUAGGUGUUCAUAAAUCAGAAAGUGCCAAAGAGAUGCUGUUAUCACAAGCAGGUUUGGGGCCUUUGCCACCGUCGCCCCCGUCUUCUAGUCCGGAGCAGGUAAAGGAUAGUGACGAGUUUCCUCCGCUACCACCUUCACCUCUCGAAGAACCCGAAGUUAUUCAUCAGAUGCACGGCAUUUGCAUCACCUCACGCAAUAGGUCUAGUAGUAUCAAACACGAUGGUCACUACCGAGAAGAGCAUCCUCCGGCUGUUCCACCACACCGUGGACCAUCGAUAAAUACUCUUAAAACUAGGUCAAUGGAUGCUGGAUUUAGCAAAUCGUAUCGCAGCGGUUCACAUGCUUCAAUGUCGCCUCACGCUCCCGGAACGCUUCCUCCCGACUUGCCCGGCUGCAAUUCCCGACGAAGAAUCAUCACUGGUGGCUAUCAAAAGCGAACCGCUCAAAGUCCUCGCGAGGAAAGGUGCUUGCAAACAUCCUGCAGUCUACCGGAGACACCCAUCUUCGCCAGGGGUAGCUGUGAUAUUCCACGAACACCACAUCGUCGCGCACCAGAGGUUCCUCCGCACGGCAGUGGAAGCCGAACUGCACCAAGGACCAGUACCAACACGACCAACAGUCUUGGAUCGUCAGUCGUCGGAAUUGGUACCUCUACCAUCGGCGGGCGGCAGCGCAGCAUCAGUCAAGCUUUCGCCAACGGUGAAAUGUUACGCUUAGCAGGUGGCCCGGCACGUGGCUGGUAUCCGAAGCAGCGGCAAGCGCGACCAGCUUCGACCGAGCAUCUGGACCGGCUGCAUCCGCAGGGAUCACUGCGCGCCUGGGAAGCGGGUACGGGUAGCAGAAAACCGCUUACCCUACCACCUAAUCUCACACCUAAAUUUUUCAACAAGUCACCGCGAGAGGCUUUACGUCGUGUCACUAGUUUGUUAAUUCGAAAAGGAAAUUCUGGUACCAAGGAAAAGGAAUCCAGGAAGGAGAAGGAUCGGAGUGAUCGGGACGCCUUCUCGUCAUCGUCUGUUUACCUGCAACGUUCACCGGGAUCGGAUGUAACCGACUCGCGAAGUUAUCCUCAUCACCAACAUCAACAACAACAUUCGUCGCAUCACACGACACCAACGACCCAGAAAAAGAAAGGUUUCUUCAAAAGUUUUUGGAAAAAAUCUCGUCACUAUUCGCUAGAGAAACAGUAAAGAACUGUAAAUCUCUGAAAGGUAAAACCGAUAGUAUGAUGUGUCAAAUAUUUGACAAAGAAAUAAAUUUUGCUAACCAUUUGUGGGUUGUCCAGCGAGUUUCUGGAAAGAUAGGCUGCCGUUUGACGAAGUAUCGUAUGAUUUCCCUAACUGUGAGCGAAUAGACAAACUGUCUACUACCGGCUUAAUGAAUUACAAACAAAUAUUUAUAAACAAUGUAUUCGCGCGGGUGGAAGUACUUUAACCAAACUCUAACAACAGCAAUCUCUAUCUAUUGGCCUAAAUGAGAAAGGAAACAAAAAAUAGUCAUAACUCUUAACGGAAACAACACACGAUUAUUAUCGCACAAAUAAAAGAAAAACAAAGGGAAACUUUUCCAACCAUAUGUCAAGAAGGCAACACAACAACACAUCCAGUAAUUGUUACACUUCCAACAUUUCUAGCAGGGCAAACCGUCGUAGACUACACAUCCCAUCACAGAAACCAAUCCAGUCGUAAAAUUCGAGUAAAACAUAUGCUUAUCACAAGUCAAGUGAAAUUGAUUUCCCUUGUGCUUUGCUUCGUAGCAACAUUUUAGCGAGGGCAGUGUCUAUCAUCGACCGACAAGGCGGAAUUCUUCCUCUUUAAGGUCCGAAAAAAACCUCUCAUUGUGACGUUUCAAUAUACAGCUUCGUCACCAUUUAUAUAAGCAUUCGUCCGAUGCACGUAAACAGAAAAAAAUCACACAAACAGUACUUUUCUCCGAUGGGCAAUAAGAGUCAGCGAGUAAUAAGUUAACUCAAAUAACGUUCAAUUCAAUUAUUAGAUCAUUCAUUCAUUAUUCGAUUCAUGCAUAGGAGUGUAAGCAAAGUCAAACCCAGUAGCCCAGGCAGAAACAACCGUAGAAGUAUAGAUGAAUAUUGCAGAAGCAAAAGGCAAAUAAUAGACAUGCUGAAAAGCAGAAAAGUUGUUAGGAGAGAGUGACGUUGUACUGUAGAUUGAGUAUACUGUGUAUAGAAGUGAGUUGUGUACAGAUGUUAGUUGUCUUACUUUAUGUUCAGUCACUGAAGAACCGUGUAUAAUAUCAUUUUUUAUGUUUUAUUUUAAUAAUACUGUGGUUAUUUGUUAUGUUUGACGUUAAUUUAGGACAUUAUGCCCUAUGUAUAUCCUAUUUGUUUUCGUUUCAACUGAUUUGCCAACUGUAAAAGUUUUGUUUUUAACCUUUGCCAUCAAGGAGAUUAUCUUAUUUUAACCAAAUUCUCGAAAAUGCAACUCUUGCAUCUCCAAAAUUCUAAUAUUUAUGAAGCACAUUAGCCCAAAAUAAAAAAAAAAAAAAACAUUUUAAUCAACUUAA